CAUGGAGCCCAACAUGGCCCCUGCCAGCCGGGCCGUUGUUGUGGUGCUGUCGGUGCUGCACCUGAGCCGGACGAUCCUCUGCACCGAGUACUUCUCCACGCUGACUCUGUUCAACCAGGAGCUGCACAAGCAGGGCUGCAGCUCGCUGUCCGACUGGGAGGACUUCGCGGCGGACUGCGAGUCUUCCAUCUUGCAGCUGGAGGACCCGGACUGCGAGGAGGGAAGCAACCCCAACUGCGAGUCCGUCUUCUCACUGAACGCCGAGAAGAUCCUGAACCAGGCGAAGCUGUUUAUCGAGCAGAAGAAAAUCCCCUUCCCCGUAGAUAAUCACAACACAAACGAAGAACUGGCUAUCGGCUACGUUCUGAUUGGAAAUGGCCUGUACGACGAAGCCAUCAAACAUUUCUCGCUCCUGCUCCAGGGCGACCCUGAACUGGUCAGCGCCAUUUAUGGGAGAGGCAUCGCUUACGGGAAGAAAAGCCUACAGGAUAUAAAAAAUGCUGAGUUGGCGUUGUACGAGCUCAACCGAGUCAUCAUCCUGGAGCCCAACUGGCCCGAGGUGUACGAGCAGAAGGCAGAGAUCCUGUCGACUCUGAGUCGCAUCAGCGAAGCUCUGAGCGACCUGACCAAAGCCAUCCAGCUGCAGCCGUCCGCCCGGCUCUACCGCCACCGAGGCACGCUGCUCUUCAUCUCGGAGGAUUAUGUGGCAGCUAUGGAGGACUUCCAGCAGUCCUUGGAGUUAAAGAGGAACCAGCCCAUCGCCAUGCUGUACAAAGGCCUCACCUUCUUCCACAGAGGCAUGCUGAAGGAAGCCAUCGAGACGUUCAAAGAGGCCUUGAAGCUGAAGCCAGACUUCAUCGACGCCUAUAAGAGCCUGGGACAGGCCUACAGGGAGCUGGGCGACUUCGAGUCGGCCAUGGAGAGCUUCCAGAAGGCGCUGAUGCUGAACCAGAACCACAUCCAGUCGCUGCAGCUGCGGGGCAUGAUGCUGUACCACCACGGCUCGCUGCAGGAGGCUCUGGGCAACUUCAAGAGGUGUCUCCAGCUGGAGCCCUACAACGAGGUGUGCCAGUACAUGAAGGGCCUGAGCCACGUGGCCAUGGGCCAGUUCUACGAGGGCAUCAAGGCCCAGACCAAAGUCAUGCUGAACGACCCGCUGCUGGGGCAGAAGGCCAGCUCCGAAUACCUCAAAGUCAAAUACCUCAGAGAGUACUCCCGGUACCUGCACUCUCACCUGGACGUCGCGGUGGCCGAGUACAACGUGGACCAGGACCUGCCGGGGAACUUCAAGAACCACUGGGCCAAGAACCUGCCGUUCCUCAUCGAGGACUACGAGGAGCAGCCGGGCCUGCAGCCUCACAUCAAAGACGUUCUGCCGCAGAACUUCGAGAGCUACAGCGUGGACGUGCAGAAGCUGAUCUGCAGCGCCGACCAGCUGGGGGCGCUCAUGCAGUACGACACGCCCGGCUUCCUGCCCAACAGGAGGAUCCACCGAGCCAUGGGCCUGGCCACCCUGGAGGUGAUGCAGGCCAUGCAGCGGACGUGGAGCAACUCCAAGGUGCGAGUGAACGGGAAGACCAGGCAGAUGCAGUGGAGAGACAUGUUCGACAUCGCCGUCAAGUGGAGGAGGAUCGCGGAUCCAGACCAGCCCGUUCUGUGGUUGGACCAGAUGCCGGCGAGGAGCCUCAGUCGAGGCUUCAACAACCACAUCAACCUCAUCAGAGGCCAGAUAAUCAACAUCAGAUACCUGGCCUACUUCGACAACAUCCUGGACUUCAUCAAAGACAGAAUCCUGGUGUAUCAUGGAGCGUAUAAUCCCAGGGGCCUGAUGGAGGUGCGCCAGGCCCUGGAGAGUGUGAAUAAAGUAGAAGACCUGCUUCCAAUAAUGAAGCAGUUCAACAGUAAAACCAGAGAUGGCUUCACCGUCAACUCUAAAGUGCCGAGCAUGAAGGAUUCUGGGAAAGAGUAUGAUGGUUUCACCAUCACUAUCACUGGAGACAGGGUUGGAAACAUGCUGUUCUCGGUGGAGACUCAGACCACAGAGGAGCGAACGCAACAGUAUCAGUCAGAGAUUGAAUCCAUCUACAAAGACCUGACGGCUAAAGGGAAAGCCUUGAUGCUGUCCACCGAGCUCGGGGAUGCAGACGCUGUGUGCAACCUGAUCCUGUCUCUGAUUUAUUACUUCUGCAACCUCAUGCCGCUCUCCAGAGGGUCCAGCGUCGUGGCGUACUCGGUGGUGAUGGGGGCGCUGAUGGCCAGCGGGAAAGAGGUCAUCGGCCGGAUCCCCAAAGGAAAGCUGGUGGAUUUCGAAGCCAUGACCACACCCAGUCCAGACAGCUUCAGUAAAACUGCAAAGAGCUGGAUGAAUCUCAAAAGUUUACCCGGCUGGUACCAGAGUCUUCCGUCGGUAGCAGAGGCCUUCCCGUCGACCAGAACCAUGAUCGAGGUCCUCAACACAGACUCGUCCUCACACUGUCCAAAGAAGUCCUAACACAGCUUCCACGCUCCAGUCUCACCCGUAGAAAUAACGAUGGUGAUGGUUCUAGCAAGAGAGACCAACAUCUUCUGCCUCCCAAACAACUCUGAAUCUCCUCAAACCGUCGCUGGAUUGCUCAGUUUAUUUAAAAAUGGUUUCUUCACUUAUUUAUUGUUCUCUUUUAAUGGUUAUGUUUUUAAAUUUAUUAGCCAAACCUAAAAAAAAAAAAUGAAAAGAUGUCCAGGUUUUGAAUCAUCAUCCCUGUGGUCAUAAGCUAACUUUUAUUCCAAAUCUGACAUUUUUCCAGGUCGUUUUUCCUUAAAGGUGCAUAAGGUUUUACUUUUGUGCACCAGGGGGCAGCAGUGAGUCUGGUUCAAUCAUUGGAAAUUGUCAAGCUCUUCAAGAAUUAUUUCCCCUCUGACUUCUUGUUUUCUUAAACUGAAAGCAGGAAUGAAGAAAACUUGACUCACUGCACCACCUGGUGGCAGAAAGUGGUAUUUCCAGACCGCUCACGUCUUCCGAUCAUCACUUUUAGCUUUGUUUUGACUUAAAAUCCAUGGUGCUUGUUCAAAUCUGAGUCUUACACUGAUAAAUCUUAAGAAACAUUUUCUUUUUUUUUUUUUUUUUUAACUCUCAGGAGGCGACCAGGCUCGGGAGGAGUUCAAAGUUCUCAUAAAUAAUGGGGGAAUCUGUGAUUUUAGGUAUUUAAAAAUUAGUUGUCACUGAUUUUUUUGCAGGAUUUGAGUGUUAUAUUUACAGAUGGAGUCUGAUCUGAAAGAUUAACAAUAUUUAGGACCUGUAUGGACUUUCUGGCAGAUAGUUUUUGGAUUGCGAUGGUGCAUUUGGAAAGAAAGAGAAGGAUUCUGGAGGCUGGUUUCAUCUAUUCUUCUUCUUGUCAGUGGAAGUCCGGUGGGGUUUUAUUGGGAAAACGUUCAUACCCACUGAUGCUGCUCAUUCCCAAUCAAUCAAUCUCCUUCUGAAAUCGUCCCGGUUAUGAAUUGCUUUUACAGCCGUGUUUGUCAAUGUUUUUCUUGCUUUGCUGGGAUCAAAUCCAAUACGAGCUUCGUGAGAUGGGCUGAACGCCCGACGGUCCGGUUGUUUGGGACGCAGAAGUGGCGGUGUCCACCGCGGCUCCUCCUCUGCUCCGUCGGCUUCACAGCGAAGACGUCCAAAAGCACAAAGCGCCGAGUUAUCGGUCAGCCACCCGUCCGAUCCGCAGCGGAGAGUCAAAACUCUCUGGUUUUUAAUCCGUUUAAAAAACAAAAGCAACAGUCUUUAUUUAACAAUUGGCACUUUAAAGUUUGUAUUUUCCCGCACAUUUUUCGGCCUGUCAGCAGAGGAGGAUGUUAAAAAGAGGAACUUCAGGGCUAUUGAAUUCCACGUGGGAUACUUGAAGCUGUAGUGUUCAUUUUAUCAGCAGAGUGUCACUCGGAGGGUUCAUGGUGUGAAACCCGACGGGAUCCAAACGGUGGCUAAGCUAACCGGAGAGGCGCAGUCAGAGACUUCAGAGAAUCAGUUAUUGAGGACGUUCUGAUCCUUCUACGCCCCCCAGUGUUCCGACGGAGUGGCACAGCCCAGUGAGGGUAUAUUAGCCUGAACUGUUGACAGGUUUUCUGGAGGUAUGAGGAGCAGAAAGGAGAAGGUUUGACUGUAACUUCAAAGUCAGGUCCAUUCGUCCACAUGUGGAAACAGAGAAACCCUACCUUACCGUGGGACCUGGAUCUAGGACCUUCUCUAAAGUCUCUGACCGUCUUUGAGUGUUAUUUCCAGAAGUGUGGCAAGCGCGCCAUGUGCUUUAUUUGCCCAUCAUUCCUUUAACUUUACGUUCCCGAUGCCGCCGUGUGUUUUGAAGGCAGCCUGUUUCAGACAUUCUGCACGAUCUGAGGGACCGCCGGACGUUCUGAGUCAGAACGCCGUCCAGGUGUUUUCCGUCACUCCGACCUGUGUGACAGCGUCGGACAAAACCAGAUGAGAUUAAAUCAACAUUUCAUUAAAUUAUAAAUGUUUUGGGGAUCUGGCUUUUCGAUUUGAGAUCUCAAAGGUUGGAAACGUCUUAAUUUGGAGGAACAAAAGGCAUUUUUUCAUAGCUGAAUCUGAAAAAUUUAUUUAAUGGUGUUUUUCUUUUAAAAUUAAAUUUUGGGGGGGGUUUGUACUUGAGAAUUUAUGUACCCAUCUGAGUUGAUUUAAGCACAAGCGCAACAGUUGGACAACCGUGAAGUAUUUGGAGUGGGUGGGCUUUAAUUCUCUCGGUUUCGUUGCAGGAAAUCACUUCAGAACUGAAGUUUUUCAAUGUUUUGAGUCAGUUGGAUCAUUCCCUCUGAAUAAGAUCAAGCAGAUCUCUUUAGGUUCAUAUCUUCCUCUGUUCCGUCACCGUCUUCUUUAUGAGUUUUUGGGGAUUUAUUUUUUCUGCACCAGAUGUUCUAGGUUUUACUCGUGCAGUAUGUUUAGACAGAUGUAAUACCGAUUUAGUACCACUGGGUGGCUGUAGAGAGUCUGACUCUCUAUUCUAAGUUUUUAUGGCUGAAGGUCAACAUCUUAAUUAUUUUUGGUCUUUUUGGAGUAAAAACAGACCUGAGCGACUCAAAACACCACCUAGAGGUAGAAGGUGGUAUUCCAACAUGGAGCCACAUGUCGCUGCUUGGUUAGCUGGUUAGCUUCCGUUUUAAAUCCACGUUUCAUCCGAUCUGUUUCCAAGCUAAGAAAUCGUACAUUCUGCACCUCUCGGUGCUGCGAUGGCUGGCGGAGCGACGAGUGCACAAAUUCUUAAAACUUGAAUGGUUUUUUUUGUAUUGAAUGAAUGUUCAACAGCAAAUAAUAAAAUUGGUCAACAA